AUAUAAAACUCUGCAUGACUUAUUCCAGAGCCCAUAGGGACUGGCCGAAAGCCACUCUCACAGUUUCACUGGGGAAAUAAAGCAAACACCUAUCCUACAAGCUGCUACACCGCAUAUAUCCGGCUAAAGGACCAGAAUAAAACAGGUGAACUCGUGCUCUUGCGUGGUUGCUUCCUUUCUUGUUUGUACCUAGUACGGACAGUCGCACUUCCCUUAUGUAAUUCUUCUUCUUUUUUUUUUUUAAUAUUCAGGAAUCAGCUCUCAGGGUAUUGCUGAAUCCUCAGAUACUACUUCGUAACACGCUACCAUUACCAGACUGCUCAAUAUGCAAAGCUUGCGAUCCUCUAUUUUGAGUUAUGUGAGAGUUAGAGUCUCUUUAAAAAACAUGGUUUGUCCUCAAACUCCGAGUUUGUUGAAUCUGCUCAACCAACGAUUCUGCACAUCAAGUGCUUCUACUGCUACCGGCCAUGACCAGACAAUGGAACGGGUGAUUAAUUUGGUAAAGAAAUUUGACAAGAUUGAUGCAGCUAAGGUGAAUAUUCCGGUUACUGAAAGAGCUGAUUUCCAGAAGGACUUGAGCCUUGAUAGCUUGGAUCGAGUUGAACUCGUGAUGGCUUUUGAGCAAGAGUUCUCCAUAGAGAUACCUGAUGAGGAAGCAGACAAGCUUAAAUGCUGUGCUGAUGUCGCCAGGUACAUUUCUGUAGCUGAUCGGAAAGUUUCUGAGAACUCGUGAAAUAUUAUGUCAGCCAUCAAUCAAGUGCUUUAGAAUCUUUAUAUUUCCGUCUCAGAAGUAGGCUAGGCUAUUGGAAUGACAAAUUGUAGAACGAUCGAUGCUGAUUUUCUCCAUUCUUUUGAUUCCUAAAUUAGUGUUUAGAUAGAUAUGCAUAUGUUUUAGUGUUUUAUUCUACAUGUGACCAUUACUGUAAUUUGUUAGAAAAAUGUGAAUUGCUCUUUGAAUGAUGCUGGUACUUCUGUGCUUGGGUUAACCUUUCCCAGAAGCUUAUGUAAACUAAAUAAAUAUUGAGAAUUUUUACU